GUCAGUUUCGGCAGCUCAGCACCGGGGUAGGACCGCAUCCCGAAGCGCAGUGCGCUGCCUUUAACAACUGAAUAUUUAUUCUGCCAUUAUCAACAACAGUUCGUAACUGAAUUAAAGACAGGAACAAGUAAAAGGAUUCUGCGGAGCUCAUUGUUUACAUCUCAAUCGGAUAUCUAAGACUAAAUUGGGAGCAGACCUCUUAGAAGGGCUGCCGACACCACCGGGGAAAGUGCAGACGGACACUCAAUCAGGAUUUCGUUUAGCGUUUGAUUCAGAUGAUCUUUCUUUCCACGGCACAUUAUCAAAGCUCGGUGUCGCUAUACUUUGGUACCGUAGAGGUUCAACAUCAUAUCACCAGGACGUAAAGGUCAGCGUAUUUGCGAGGUGCGGAUUGAAUAGGUUGAGUAGGUGGAGCACUUACUGAACCAAUGCGUAAUAACGGGACAUUUGGGAAUUAUGUUCACACAGUAAAUCUUUGGGAUUGAUUUUAGCCGACGUUUUGUAGGAACCUUCACUGGAGCGAUUCGUACAGACGCGAAUACAAGUGAGGACGCAAGCGGGAUCCAGAUACUGGGCUACUUUGUUUCCGAGGGCUAAAGGUUGAAGCUGAUGGCUAGGUGCGCAUUUUAACAAGGCGAAAUUGUCACGCAACGUUCCCGAAAUUGCCGACCUGUUAUUGAGCGUACUUAACACUAUUAGCAAUCAUUGAAUAACGGAAAGUAGCCUUGAGGGUUCGACUAUCCGGCUUGGAACCAGUUCCCCCACUGAAUAUGUGCUUUGUGACGAAAAGAGAGGAAUAAACUGCUAAAUCGUUGACCACCUAGGAGUUGUCAAAAGAAACCUGUUUAAAGCCGUUUCUGGAUUUUGGCGAGCAGAAUGCAACACUAUUGAUUUGGACAGCGACGCACUGAGGCAGUCUGCUCACCCUUCGCUACAAGCUGCAUGGAGUUCUAGCCAGCACCACCAAACAAUUUAUGGUUGGCCUCAGUAGUGUCCAGGCUGUUGUGUUGCUCCUGCCCUGCCAUGCUGGCCUGUCUGCAGAGGAGGCAGAACCCUCCAUCUCAACACCACCCGGUGUGCACCAGCAAGAGCCUGGAGCCGCCGGCGCCGCAAGCCCUCGCACGAAAAUGUGAGCUGGCGGUGCCCAUGCAUUCCCCGCGCUACCCCAGCGUGGCCGAGCUGGACGCCUAUGCCCAGAAGACGGCCAGCAGCCCGCUCUCCAUCAAGAUCUUCCCCACCAACAUCAGGGUCCCCCAGCACAAGCACCUUAAUCGGACUGUGAACGGCUACGACACCACAGGCCAGCGCUACAACCCCUACCCGCUCUUCCACACGGGGGGGUAUCACGGCCUGCUGGCCAUCGUCAAGACCUCCGCGUCCGCGUCCUCGUCGCUCUCCUCCUCCUUUGCCCCCGCCAAGGGGGUUCUCAAGAACUCGGAAGGCAGGCGGACUAAACUCUCCCCGGCUCAGAUAGCUGUGGCUCCGUACCCGCCGCCUAGCAGUAGCACUUUAGCCAAUGGCCACGGUCAGGUGGUGUACCACACCAAGCCCCCCGAGGGCCCCGGCCUCUCGGUCCCCCCCAACGUCACCGUAGCUGGCUCGGUGAUCCCCAUGACCGGGGGCCGGGGCCUGGCCCUGCCCCCCCAAUCCAACCUGCCCUCCAUCCAGAGCAUCAUCUACCAGAUCAACCAGCACUGCCAAGCCCAGGCCCUGCAGCAGGUGUGCCAGCCCGGGGGCGCCGCCUCGAUGCCCUCCAGCCACAGCCCUUGCAAGCAGGGCAUGGGGGUCUCGUCGGGGUCCUCCGGGGCGGGCUACGUGUCGGGCAUGGCUCCCCAGCCUAACCUGGUGUACAGCGGGGGGGCGGCGGGGCUUCCCGGACACAGCUCGGAGGCUGUGAAGGCUGGGAUGUACUCAGACAGCAUGGACUACAUCCUGUGGCAGAAGCAGCAGCAGCAGCAGGCUGUGCUCCGCAUGUACAGCGCUGGAAGCGGGGGAGGAGGGGCCAUCAGCAAGUCCCCCGAGACCUGCCUCCCUGGAGGGGCGAUGAUGGCUGCUCAGGUGUCCUCCUCCUCCUCCAGGCCGUACCACCUGACGGCCAGCGGCGGGGCCGGAGGCCUGGACAAGGUCAGCUCGUCCCCGCUGAACUGUGUGGGGAUGCACGGGAACUUCUCCGUGGGUCAGUACUUCGCCCCGCCCUGGAACAGCGUGCUGGUGACCCCCGACAGUGACUGCUACAACCCCCAGGACCUCCUGGGGACCUCCGCAGCCGGGCCCAACACGGGCCACAGGGAGAUGGGCUACCCCCACCACCACCACCACCACCAUCACCACCACCCCGCCAUAGACAGCGGCGGAGGCCUGUGCUGCAGCCUGCCCAGUAAGAGCCUGUGCAACACGGCUGUGCUGAGCAGCAGCCUGCAGUCUCUGGAGUACCUGAUCAACGACAUCCACCCGCCCUGCAUCAAGGAGCAGAUGCUGGGGAAAGGCUACGAGACUGUGUCCGUGCCCCGGCUGCUUGACCACCAGCACGCACACAUCCGACUCCCUGUUUACAGAUAGAAGGGGGGGAGGGGGGAGGGAGAGAGAGAGAGAGAAGAGGGGUGGUUUUGAGAAACACAAACUACUUGUGACAAACGAAUCAAGAGCUAGGGGAGAGAGGCUGGUUUUAAGGGAUCGGUCUCGGCACUGGGGGGACUAGGU